AUGGACGGCGUGCAAUACUACUCAGGUGCCAUCAACCUGGGCGGCAUCACCGUCAAUGCUAACAACUUCACCGCCGUCUACAUUGGUUACUUUGUGCCCAAAAUCUCUGGCACUUACCAAUUCUGCGAUCUCUUUGCUGACAAUCGUGAUGACUUCUACAUCGGCAGCACGUCAGCAUUCCCUUGCGGUAACCCCUCUGACGCAUCCACUCCAAGAAACGCGGCGUUCACGUUGGAGAAUCCAUACGGCAGUGCAACCAACGGACGGGCUGUAUGUGUCAACAUCACGAUGGCCGCGGGAUACGCCUAUCCCUUGGGAAAUGUAUAUGGCCAGAAAGGGCUGCCCGCGGAGAAUCAAUUCAAGGUCUCUGGCCCGGGGCUGGGCACCAACGUGACUGAUCUGACUGGUUUCAUCAGCUCGGAUAGUUGUUCUUGA